AUGUCUGUUGGACUUCCAUCUGACGAAGCCGCUGAAGACUACAAGAGUUCCCUCGAGGAUCUCAUUGACACUUCAAGAGUGGCGAUCAACAACCUAACAGUCAUUGCGAAAGAGAUGAUUGAGCAUGCAUCUGCUAUCUCGAGAGUUCUGGAGAAUCAUAUUAAGAGUACUCCUCCAAGCCGCAAGCUCCCUGCCCUGUACCUACUUGAUUCGAUCGUCAAGAAUGUUGGCACACCAUACACCUUGUUCCUCAGCCGCAAUCUGUUUUCCACCUUUAUGAAUGCGUAUAGCUUGGUUGGGGUUCCAAUACGCCAAAAGCUAGACGAAAUGCUUCAAACGUGGAAGCUUCCUAACCCAGGUUCGCUAGAAACAAAGUCUGUUUUCCCUCACGAGGUCGUCCGGCCGAUAGAAGAAGCCCUUACCAAAGCCCGAAAUGCUGCGUUCGAACAGCAGCAUCGCCAAGCGAUGCAAAACAGGAAUGAGGCCGCCGCCCGGAGUCGACAAACACCUCAACAGCAUCUCGGCUACACAAAUUCUCCAACACCCCCACAGGCAAACGGCCAUUAUCCUCUAUCUCCAGGACAGCCCUUGCCUACACCUGGCCAGCAGCAAUAUCAUAUGCCGACUGGGACUUUUCAGCAGCAGCCUCAAGUGUAUCUUCCGCCGGCACAGUACACAAAUUCUUCGCCAUCUUUGCCAGCGUCACAACAUACUGUUCGUGCAACGAACGCAAAUCGCCAGGGGUCUCCGCCGAUUGAUUUACCAUUGCUCCACACAGAUAUUGAUGAGCUAAUCAGACUAGCCCUUGGGGAAUCUGCAAUCUAUCCAUACGAUUCGUCCAUAAAAGGCCGCUUGGAUGCCUUGAUUGCUCUGAAGACAAUAUUACAUCAGCAAUAUCACCCCCCAGACCAGCUGCAACAGGUGAGAGAUCAAGUCACGCAGCUUCAAAAAGUCCCACGAGCUACCACUACCUUGCCGAUCGCAGGUCCUACAAUCUAUGCUCCUUCAGUCCCACAACAGCCUACAUUGUAUCACGGCCCCUCUCCGCAAUCUAAUCCAGCACCACAAAUCCCAGUCCAGCUACCGGAACCAUCGUCUACUGAUAUACAGACCCUUAUGUCUAAAAAUCUGGCAGACAUCAUCUCAAAUGCCCAAAAACCUGUGACGCCGCUACAGCUAUCCGCGGUACAGACUAAUGCCGGCAAUGCAUCUCAAGGCUCUACUAAUGGAGGAGUUUCUGAUUUACUCUCAUCGUUAAAGAGAGCUGGCAUCUUAAGCGAGCCUCGAUUGCAUUUAGUCUCCCUUCUCUAUGACUCACAACCGAAUCAAUGUACUACUUGUGGGAGAAGAUUCCUUGCUGAUGACGGAGGACGAGAGAAGAAGCGUCGUCACUAUGACUGGCAUUUCCGGACUAACCAAAGAAUGAAUGAGGCAGCGAGGCGAGCUCAAAAUCGCAGUUGGUAUGUCGAUGAGCUAGAAUGGAUCAAAUCACGCGACGAUCCAGAGGGCAACCCGGUAGAUCCCUCGGCAGACACGAUAGCAAAGUCAACCUCAAUCGCUCCUUCGAAACAGAAGCAGAAAUUCGUGGCUGUCCCAACGGAUCCUUUUCUAGCAAAUCAGCCAUGUCCCAUAUGCCAGGAAAAAUUUACAGCGUCAUAUAAUGAGGAGGUUUCGGAUUGGGUUUGGAUGGAUGCGAUCCAGAUUGGAUCAAGGAUUUAUCAUGACAGCUGCCACAGCGAUGUUAUCGUAAACCGAAGCCGAGAGGCCACCCCGUCUCGCACUGACACCCCCGAUAGUGUAUUAGGUAAGCGGAAAGCGGUAAGUAAACCUGGAUAA